UUGCCCCGGUGGGAAUUUCCCCCCCCAUUCCCGCUCCCCCCGUGCCUCACUUUUCCCGGGAUUCCUCCUCCACAGGCCGGGGCGGGGAGACGGUUCGCGGGAUCCGCCGGAUCUCCGGGGCCAGGGUGGAAUGUGGGCGCGAUCCCGAAUCCAGCCUGGCCCCCAUCCGGGUCAUCCAGAUCUCGGGAACGCGCCGGGAGGUCGAGGCUGCCAAGAGGCUGAUCCUGGAGAAGCUGUCGGAGGACGCGGCGUUCCGCAGGGAUCUGGCCCUGGCGGCCGCUUCCCGCUGCCCUCGGAAGCAGCCCCUGGGCAGCCGCCGGGACCCGGAGCCGCUUCCCGCCGGGACGUCGGAGCGCUGGGAUACGGAGUGGUGGGAAGGAGCCAUCCCGGGGCAGCGGGAGGGGAGCGAGGAGACGGAGGAGACGGAGUUUGGGAAUGAGGAGACGGAACUCGGGAAUGAGGAGACGGAGCUCGGGAAGGAGACGGAGCUUGGGAAGGAGGAGACGGAGCUUGGGAAGGAGGAGACGGAGCUUGGGAAGGAGGAGACGGAGCUCGGGAAUGAGGAGACGGAGCUCGGGAAGGAGCUGGAGGAGCUGGAAAACGGGAAUGAGGAAGUGGAGCUUGGGAUGGAGCUGAAGGAGCUGGAAAAUGGGAACGAGGAGCCGGAGAACGGGAAUGAGGAGCCGGAGGAUGGGAAUGAGGAGCCAGAGGCUGGGAAUGAGAAGCCAGAGGGUGGGAAUGAGGAGCCGGGGCUGGGAAUGAGGAACCAGGGCUGGGAAUGAGGAGUCAGAGGUUGG